AUGCCCAAAUCGUCUGGCAAGACUUCCGUCAGCAUCAGAGUCUGGACUUGCUGCCAAUGUGGUGACUCGGGCAUGACCACAAAUAUUCCGAGCUGCCCAUCGUGUUACUACAACCGUUGCGAGAACUGCCCUGUCCAGGUGAUCAAGGGCAAGAGCAACAGAUAG